AUUUCCUGGUCUAAAAAAAUACGCCGUCAGUGAAGUCGAGAUGAUUUUAAAUCUAAUUUAUCUGUUUGAUUGACACAACGUGAAACUUGUUUCCUGAGCCACAGCACCGCAGAGACCUUCCCGGAGAUGAUCGGGGGACAUUCGUGCCCGGAUAGACGAAACCCCGCGGUCUCUACAAGCCAGUGAGGGACAUGGACAGCUCUGUCACUCUAUGGCAGUUCCUCCUCCAGCUCCUCCUGGACUCCAGUAAUGAGCAGCUCAUCUGUUGGACCAACGAGGAGGGAGAGUUCAAACUGCUGCAGGCAGAGGAGGUGGCCCGGCUGUGGGGAGCCCGCAAGAACAAACCAAACAUGAACUACGACAAACUCAGCCGAGCUCUCAGAUACUACUAUGACAAGAACAUCAUUAAGAAGGUGAACGGUCAGAAGUUUGUCUAUCGCUUCGUGUCCUAUCCUGACAUCCUGAAAGGAGAUGCUGCCACCCGAACAGACAGUGCGGACCUGGCUGCUGGGGGCUUCACACCUACAAGUAGGAGGGGAGACGGCACUCUACUGGAGGGUGAGUCUGACGACAGGUCGAAGGCAGGAGGAGGCGCAGCAGCUGUGGGGGCUGGCAUCAAGCAGUCAAACAGAAACGACUACAUUCACUCCGGCCUGUACACCUCCUUCCACCUCAAUUCACUACAAAACAAACACCAACUAUUUAGGUCCAUCAAAAUAGAGAAUCCUGCUGAGAAAUUGGUUGAAAAGAGAGGUCCCACUGCUCCUCCACAGAGCCAGGAGACGCCUCCUCAGCCACAACCUCCAACUGCUCUGCCAUCAGUCAUUAAGUUUGGAAACAGCCCCCCAAAGCCAGCACCGACAGCCCCCCCUCAGGUGGUUUUAGAGCCCACUCUGACACACUGCAGCCUGGACUCUCUCCAAGGGCCACCUCUGAGGGCUGAAGACGUCAGCACACACUCCUCCCUGCAGCCUCCGUCUGUCUACCUCUUCGAGCACACCCGACCCUCAGAGCCAGUAUUCUCCCUGUCAGACCUGAGCUCAGCCAGUCCAUCCCCAAACCUCCUGCCAGAGUCCUCCCAGGACCUCAGUGUCCACAGUGAUGUGGAGACGAGAAGCUCGGAGCCAUCAGCCUCUCAUGCACAGGAAACUGCAGACACUCAGGCACAAGACAAGCAGGUGGACAGUGGGUCGGAGCUGCCUGCAGAUGACACCAGUCUGAUGGACGCCGACACCAGCUCCUCCUCUGUGAGCAGCACCACGGGCCAAGGAAAGUCACGCAAAGCACCCAAGGUCCUGCAGCUCAGUCCGCCCGCUCUGCUGGUCACCACGUCGGAGUUCUCCCCCAUGAACAUCUGCAGCCCCUCGCUGCCUCCACCCUCGCUCACACCAGCUAUGCUACAGACUCCAACUUAUCUGCUGACUCCCAGUCCUCUACUGUCCAACAUCCACUUCUGGAGCACCCUCAGUCCUGUUGCUCAGCUCAGCCCGGCGACGAUGCGCCAGGGGGGACACCUGUUCCAGUUCCCUUCAGUCCUCACCCCCCAGUUUCAGAUCCCAGUACAGUGCCUGGAUGGGACCAACACACCUGGACCCAUUUCUCCAGACCCUCAGAAGACAUAGGACCACAGUCGCCCCCUUACCCUCCAUUUUCUCCUGCCUCCUCCAGGAUGACAACAUGUAAGCCAUCUUUCUGUUCGUCAUCGGUGUGGAGCCUCAGAGUUCACGCAGUUCAUCAUUGUGGACGGACAAAGGGAGAGGACAGGUUUCUGCACGCCGUGUUUGAUGUGGGGGGUGUAUCACUUUGUCUUGGGACAUGUACACCACCUGGACACUUCUGUCCUCCCACCAUCAUCCUCUUGUACCUACACAUCCAUUUUGUCUGACUUAUUUUGGGAUCCUCAGUCAC